CUUUUUUGCGAUCUUGCGGCCCAAACUCUGUAAAGCUGGUCCAGUUAUGCAAUAUUUUCGCCAUAAAGAUGCUGUCAGCUAAAAACGCUUUAGCUGAUGCAGUGUUGUGUUCAAACAGAACUUCGUUUUCGCUAUCCAGUCAAAAUGCAGUGAGGUCUUUUUAUGCUGUAUCCAAUAACUGUUUCAGUACGGAUGAAAAACCCGGAUUGUUUGAAGGUCAAAACAGAAAGAUUAACAACAAAACAGAAGCGCCAGUAUCAGUACCAUUUCACAUUGACUCUUGUAAGAAAAAUGGCCAGGAAAGGCAUUUUAGCACAACAAGAAAUGCUUUCAGCAGGCAUGUUGAUCCAAAAAAGAAUUACUACUUAAUUCUAGGAGUGACUCCAAGCUGCAAUGCAAAUAAGGUAAAGAAGGCAUAUUACCGACUCUCUAAAUUGUAUCACCCAGACUUGAACAAAACAGAAGAAGCUGUCAGAAAGUUUCAUGAGUUAACAGAUGCUUAUGAAAUUCUGUCCAACAGUAGAUUAAGACAGCAGUAUGAUGAUGCUAGAAUGGGCCAUGUACAUGGAGGAGUGUAUAGAGGAACCGCAAAACAUUCUCACUUCAGCAACUUCUCUGGAAGAGGACCCCCACAGAGAAAUAAAUCACCAAAUGAAAACCAUGAUAACUGGAUGAAAAGUCACUACACGAAAUCUUUCAAUAAAAAUGCUGAAUACAAUUAUUAUAAGACAUAUGAUAAGUUUGAAUCACAGGAUGAGUAUUAUUCUGAAAAAGGCAAUGAAUUUAAAAGGAAUUUAAACAAUAAGCAUACACACAAUAACCAGAAAAACAUUGUUGAAAUGAGUGAUAUGAUGAUUAUCUUGGGAGCUGUAGGAAUACUUGCUGGAUUCACUGUGUUAAUGAGAAGAUAGUAAAUGUUUUACUUAAAACGUUGUGUUGUGCGUUGCGUACUCAUUGUAAUACAAGUAUUCUCUUGAAUCUUAUGGAAUUGUAAAAAUGAUUGCUGGAUCACCCAUUUUAAUAUUGAAUAAUAAAAUAAUAUGAUAUAUACAGCUUUGUAUGGAAAAGCCGUGACUUUUAAAGUGAAUUUUAUCAUUUUUAGUAGAAAUUUAAGUAUUUUAAAAGUAAGUUGAAUAAACUUUUUAUACAACAAGUUGUUACAUUUAUGUUGUAUCGCAAUAAUUUAGUGAAUAAUAUAGUUAACUCUUUAAACAGUUUAAAAAACGAUUAUGCUGCUAAACAUUGGAAAAUGUUGAUAUUACCUUGUGUUAUUUUGAAUACAGAUUCUGUAUCGAAAGUCUUGAGUAAUAAAAUAAAAAAACUGACUGGUUCACAUUUUUGUGGGGCAGUCUUUCAAGUAAAGCAGUAAAAACUAUUGCUUUCACAACGUUAGAAAUAAUUCAUAAAUUACAUUUGAUCCGAUUUGUUCAAAAUUUCAAUGUGAUUUUUGUCAUGAAAAUAUUGUGUUGGAUUUAUACUAUUAAAUUAAAUCUCAUA